AUGCCGUCCAUCAUCACGUCCUCCGUCCCUCCGUCUCCUAUCACAACCACUCCCUCCUCCCCGACUGCCCCGGGCACCCGGGGCAUCACCAAACUCACAAACUGCCGCCUUGUCCGCGGGAACGACCUCGUUUGGGAGGACCUCUGGAUCAGCUCCAAUACGGGCAAGAUCGUCCGCAGCCAGGCUGCUUUCUACGACCAUCAUGUGCUGCCUGAUGAGACGGUCGACCUGGGCGGCCGCAUUGUGGCCCCCGGCAUGAUCGAGUGCCAGCUCAACGGCGCUUUCGGCUUCAACUUUUCCACCCUGUUUGGUGACGAGGACAAUGCCGCCAAGGGCCAGCCGACAACCUACGCCAAGCGCCUCCAUGAGCUCAACCGCAACCUCGUGAAGACGGGCGUCACGUCCUACGUACCCACCGUCACCAGCCAGACGAGCGAGCUGUAUCACAAGGUGCUGCCGUUCCUGGCUCCGAAGCGUGGCGAGGCCAAGGACGGCGCCGAGUCUCUGGGCGCCCAUGUGGAGGGCCCCUUCUUGAGCCCGACCAAGAACGGCGUGCACAACCCCGAGGUGUUCCGCGAAGCCCAGACCGUUGCCGACGUCGAGGCCAUGUACGGCGCCAAGAACCUGGCUGGUGACGUCACCGACGAGAAGCGGAAGCCUGCCGUGCGCAUGAUCACCGCCGCUCCCGAGAUCGGCCGCAUGACGGACAUUGUCUUCCCCGAGCUCCGCCGUCGCGGCAUCGUGUGCGCCAUUGGCCACUCCGAGGCCACCUACGAGCAGGCGGCCGCGGCCAUCAGCCACGGUGCGACCAUGAUCACGCAUCUUUUCAACGCCAUGCGGCCCCUGCACCACCGCAACCCGGGCAUCUUUGGCGUCCUGGGCGAGACGCCCCUGGUGCGUGUGGAUACCACCACGUCGUCCCUCGAGGGUGCCGUGGCCCCGUCGCCGCGCCCCUACUUUGGUGUCAUUGCCGACGGCAACCACCUGCACCCCACCACCGUCAAGAUCGCCUACAACGCCUACCCGGCCGGCUUCAUUCUGGUCACCGACGCCAUGCACAUGGUCGGCUGCCCGGAUGGGCCGUACGACUGGACAAACGGCGACCGCCACAUGCGCCUCGUCAAGAACGGCAAGGUCCUGCUGCUCGAAAACUCCGACACAAUUGCCGGCAGCACUAUUACGCUGAUCGAGUGCGUCGAGAACUUUAUCAACUGGACCGGUGCCACCAUCCCGCAGGCGCUGCGCACCGUCACCUCCACGCCCGCCGCGAUGCUGGGCCUGCAGGGUGUCAAGGGUUCGCUCGACGCUGGCGCCGACGCCGACCUAUUGGUUCUGUCGGCGGAGGAGGUGCUCGAGCUGCCCACAUCGCCGACCACGGCGGCGGUCACUGGUGGUGCCAGUGUCGUCACCACGCGCCUGCAUGUUGACGAGGUGUGGAAGUUUGGCCAGCGGGUUCACGAACGCAAGUAG